UUUCCGAGCACAUUUGAUCAUGUCAUGGUCAAGAUGAUAUCGAGGAGGUCGAUGACGGUGCUGCCGGACCUCGCUACCAUUGUCCUGGACAUUAUAUGACAUCUAUUCUUCUCCCCGCAGGAAAAUUCUUGCUCUAUCCGCAAUCAUUUGGUGUUCUCUUGCCUACCAAUGUCUCUUUCAAAUGAUAAUCUUCUGGAGAAGGGUUACUGGGAUAGCCUUAACCCUUCAUCACAACCUUCUCGCCUCACCCGCACCAAAACAUGGGUCAUAGACCUGGUCAAGCCUUCGUUCUGCAGCACCGCCCCGCGCAGGGAGACUGCAAGAAGGACAGCAUACCUUGACGGACUCAGAGGCUUUGCAGCGUUGCUCGUCUACUGGGGCCACCAUGAGCUAUGGGCGCAUGAUUCUCUCUCAGCAGACAAGAUCCUCGAAAACGCCUAUGGUUAUGACAAUCAACGCUACAUUGCAUGCCUACCAUUCAUACGCAUCUUCUUCUCAGGAGGACAUUUUGCGGUCACCAUCUUCUUUGUGAUGUCUGGAUAUGUCCUGUCUGCCAAACCACUGUCUAUGAUACACUCUGGGGAAUACCUGAGGUUGGGAGACAACCUCGCGUCCGCUUUGUUCAGACGCUGGCUACGACUGUUUAUUCCAAUUGCCUCAACGACAUUCUUGUAUAUGACCUCUUGGCAUCUUUUUAAGUAUCGAGCAGAACCAGAACCAAAAUCCACCUACCGUGAAGAGCUCUGGAACUGGUAUUGCGAAUUCAAGAACUUCACCUUCAUUUUCAACACAGGUGGCCAUCCAUGGUUCAGUUACAGUUUUCAUACGUGGUCUAUUCCAGUCGAGUUCAAAGGCUCCAUUAUCAUCUACACAACACUACAGGCUCUUUCCAGGUGUACCAGAAACACCCGACUCUGGUGCGAGAUCGGCCUUAUCUUCUACUUCAUGUACAUUGCGGACGGCAUGUUCUGCGCCCUCUUCAUGGCUGGAAUGUUUCUAUGUGACCUGGACCUACUGGAGCAAGCUCAAAACCUGCCGCGUGCAUUGUCCAAGAUAGGCAACUAUAAGACGGUGAUCUUCUACUUCUUAUUCCUAGUCAGCCUAUAUUUGGGUGGCAGCCCCUCAUACAGCGCGGACAUCCAUGUGUUGAGAAAUUCGCCUGGGUGGUACUACCUAUCAAAGAUAAAGCCCCAAGCCGUGUUCGAUUACAAAUGGUUCUAUUUGUUCUGGGCAUCAGUAUUUUUGGUCUCGUCGAUACAACGCAUUUCUUGGUUGAGAGGUUUCUUUGAAACAAGAUUCAGCCAAUAUCUUGGUCGUGUCUCGUUUGCAUUCUACCUAGUCCAUGGACCUAUCCUUUGGUCGAUAGGAGAUAGGGUAUAUGCGGCAGUCGGCUGGACAAAAGAAUCUCAUGCUAUCAACUGCCCUGCAUGGAUCAACAUAUUGCCACUGCCAAAGACUGGACCCUUUGGGUUGGAGCUGAGCUUUUUGUUGGCUCAACUGGUUCUCCUGCCGCUGACACUCUGGAUUGCGGAAAUGGCCACGACCUUGAUUGAUGAACCUUGCGUCAAGCUCUCGCAGUGGCUGUACAGCAGAACCCAGACUCCUUUGACAAAGUUGUAAGGAGCUAUUGAAGGUUGGAA